CAUUAACACAAAUAAACUAGAAAACAUUUUUUUUCUCGUUAUUCUCCGGUUCCUCGCAGGUACCAAUUCCACAUAUCUGCGUGUAAAUACUCCAACUUGUCCCAAUUCACACCUUUGCCUCGCGAUUCUCCGAUGCGUUACACCUUUGUCCACCGAUUCCUCUUUAAUUUUCUUCCCUUUUUCCCCCAAUUCAACUAAAUUUUCUGCUAUCUAUAUUCCCAGGUAAGUAAAGUCAGAUUUUUCUUGGUGGACGGACAUGCAGAAGAAGGCUGCACUCAACUUCCAAGCUUUCCUCUAGAACAAAAGCAAAGAUUAUACUGUCAUAAAAAGGUUUUGUACUUAUUUUAAUGGGUGCUCCUAAGCAGAAAUGGACUGCAGAGGAAGAAGCAGCAUUGAAAGCUGGAGUAGUCAAACACGGGGCUGGAAAAUGGCGCACCAUACUUACUGACCCAGAGUUCAGUUCCAUUUUGCGCAUGCGUUCAAAUGUAGAUCUCAAGGACAAAUGGAGGAACAUAAAUGUGACAGCAAUAUGGGGAUCAAGGCAGAAAGCAAAGCUUGCUCUUAAAAAGAACCUACUACCAUCCACCAAAAUCGACAAUAACCACAUGGCCUUGAGUACUGUAGUUCAACGUGACAAAGAAGUUGCAAAUCCCAAGCCUUUGGCAGUUUCUAGUGGGACAUCUCCUAAUUCAAAGGAAAAAAUAUCGAAGCUACAGAACUUCCAGUUGGAUAAUCUUAUAUUAGAGUCCAUUAUCAAGUUGAAGGAGCCAAGGGGUUCUGACCAGGCAGCAAUUGCUGCAUAUAUAGAGGAUCAAUACUGUUCUACGCCGACCCUCAGAAAGUUACUGUCAACAAAACUGAAGCACAUGGUGGCUAGUGGAAAAUUAAUGAAGGUAAAGCAUAAGUACAGGAUUGCAACAAAUUUAACAAUAUCUGAGAAAAGAAGAUGCUCUUCCCUGUUACUCCUGGAAGGGAGGCCCAAAGAUUCUCCAAAAGCAGAGAAGACUGGUGUCAACAUCCUUUCAAAAUCCGAAAUUGAUGCAGAGCUAUCGAAAAUGAAGGGUGUGACACCUCAAGAGGCUGCGGCGGCAGCUGCAAAAGCAGUUGCAGAGGCAGAAGCUGCCAUUGCCGAGGCUGAGGCAGCAGCUAGGGAGGCAGAUGCUGCAGAAGCCGAGGCAGAGGCUGCACGAGUGUUUGCAAAAGCAGCAAUGAAAGCACUAAAAUGCAAGACACUUCGUAUUUGAUGGUGUCAGCUUCUGCGUUGCUGACAUGAGGAGUAUUUGAGAUCAUAAUUCUGCUGCUAGACUUCCUGCAUGUAUUCAAUUACUGUACAUAAUUUAGGCUUGUAAAUUUGGAAUAUGCGGGAUUGAUCUAUGAAAUGUUUUGUCAGGAGUCAUUAUGAGCGUAUUAUUUAUUUAUUUAUUUUGACCUUAUUUUUAAGAAAGACAAUGAGGCGAGAGUACAAAGUAUUAGUGGAAGAGUGGAAUCAGUGAUCGAGUGUUAUGAUGGAAUGUGUGAUAGACAUCCUCUAUUAGUAAAUGGAAGAAUACAAUUUUUAUUAGAGUUCCAAUGGCAAUGCUGAGUGUCACUUUCUCGUGAU